GAUGGGUAAGCAUCUCCUGCUGCUACUGCUGAACCUUUCCUUGCUGUUGGGCUUCCUGCAAGCUUUAUAUUGUCAGAAGUGUGCUUAUGUCAAACCUGAUGGGAGCUGUUUAGGUCAGAGGACCGCCUGUCGUGCCCCGGAUCAAGGGGAGUGCCUUCUGAAGAAGUACUAUGAUGGUAACAGUGUCGUGUUUGGAUUCCAGGAUUGUAGGCUCAUGUGCCACAACGUGACCAUACGCCGAAGAGUUUUGCUAGCGGUUACUUCAUGCUGCAAAGACAGGGAUUUCUGUAAUGCAUUUCACCGUCUUUAAUAUUGAUCCUGUGCCUUGGUCCUCCAGUUCAGCCCUUCUCUGUUCUCAUAUGUAAGCCUCAAAGACUAGGCUUUCUUUCCCCUGCAUUGUCCAAGCUCUGAAACCUGCUCCCACUCAGCUACAAGUGUUUUAGUUUUAAUAGCUCAAUCCAUCUGAUAGCUGCUUUCUCCCUCUCACUGUUCAUGGUGAUCUGUCCUUUCUUAGAUUCUAGUCUCCUUUUGCUUUGUUCCUUCUUUCUGUAUAAUUUAUUUUGAAUUUGUUGAGGCUUGUUUUAUGGCCACUGCUAUGGGUUGAAUUAUGCCCCCCAAAACAAAUGUUAUAAUUCCUAACCUCUAUGCCUGUGGUUGAAAUCCCCUUUAAGAAUGGGUUGUCUUUUCUCCUUCCUGGAGGGGAGAUAAGAGGGUGGAGGGGGUUAGAAGCUGGUGAAAAGGACAUGAAAAGAGAGAGUGGAGGGAGAGAGCAAGCUGUCUCAUUAGGGGGCGAGUAAUUGGGAGUGUGUAGCAAGAUGUAUAUGGGUUCUUGUGUGAGAGACUGAUUUGAUUUGUAAACUUUCACUUAAAGCACAAUAAAAACUAUUAAAAAAAAAAGAAUGGGUUGUCUUUGUUAUGUUAUUGAGGUAGGAUUAGUGUAGGAUGUAUCUUGAGUCAUUCUUUUUUGAGAUAUAAAAAAGAUUAAACAAGGGAGCAGAGCAUAGAUGAAGUAAGAUAGAUGCCAAGAUCUGCAACGAACCAGGAAGCAUGGAGAUCUGCAGUGAACCAGGAAGCAGAAGUGGAAGAGAUGAGGACCUUCCUCCAGAGACAGCAGAGAGAAAGCCUUCCUCCUGAGCUGGUGCUCUGAAUUCCAAGUUCUAGCCCUCUAAACUGUAAGAAAAUAAAUUUCUGUUUUUUAACAUCCA